AUGAACGGCAGACGGCGGCUGCGGCCCACCGGGCCCGACACCCGGCGAUCUUCUCGCUUUUCGCAAUCUUCAUCUUCAGCUGCAGCAAAAAGGAGCCGCGGGGGCGCUGCUGGCGGCGGCGAAGGCCCCAGCGGCCCCCCCGCGGCCGCCCGCAAGCGCCCGCGAUUCGAAGACGAAAAUAUUGAAUCGGACUCUGCCUCUGGCGUGGAAAGCCCCCCUUCGACUGACAGCGAGUCUGAAGAUGGUGAGAGCUGCAGAUCCGCGGCAGCAACCGCGGCGGCCCAGUGGUCGCCGCUGCGGCCAAAAGCUGCAUUCUGCGCUGCUGCAGCUGCAGCAGCAGCUGCAGCAGCAGCUGCAGCAGCAGCUGCAGCAGCAGCAGGUGCAGCAGCAGCAGCUGCGCGGAGGUGUGCAGCAGCAGGGGAAACAGCGGACGAGGCGCGGCUGCGGGUGGCUCGGGCGUAUCUGCGGGAGCUGUCUGCUGCUGCUGCUGGUGCUGGUGCUGCUGCUGCUGCUGCUGCUGGGCGGUCCCAGGGACUUGAAGCAGACCCGGCCUUCGGCUCUGGCAGCAGCAGCAGCAGCAGCAGCAGCGAGAGCGAGGGGCCCCGGGGGCCCCCCGAGGACUCCGAAGAAGAAGACCCUUUUGAAUCGGAGACAGAAAAGGAGAAGUUGGUGGAGACCCUCAAGAGCCGCAAGCAGCAGCAAAAGGGCGCGGGAAACACCCCCGCGUUGGUGAACAGUUUGUUGACUUCGCUGUGCAACAUUUCGCCCUUCUUUAGGCUUGCGCAGGCCUUAGCUGGCUCCCAAGUUCGCCGCGUGGCCCAGACGCUGCGGCUGCGGGACUUGGGAUUUUUCAAAGAAGAUGACCGGCUCUUCUUUUCCGGAGGCGCCGACCAUGUGGUCAAGGCCUGGGACCCGCGGGCCUCCAACUGCAGGUGCGCGUUUGAGCUGCGGGGCCACCGGGGCCCUGUGAACGGGCUGAGCCUGAACGGGGGCCCCCUGGGGGCCCCCGACGAAGACAGUCCUUUGCUGAGUUGCAGCGAAGACAAAAGCAUCAAAAGUUGGAAUCUGAUUUCCCGAUUGGCUUCCAACCACUUUUAUGGCCACACUGCAGCAGUCAACUGUAUAGACACCCUGCAGCCCAACAAGCCCCUCACUGGCGGCAGCGACGGCACUCUCAGGGCCUGGAAGCUGGUGCAGGACACGCACCGGGCGUUUCCGUCUCUGGGGUCCUGCGUGGACUCCGUGGCUUGUUUGUCUCCUUCUUUGUUUGCCUGUGGGGCCCAGGGGGGCCUUUUGGCUCUCUUCAGCAGCAGCAGCAGAAGGCCGCUGGCCUGCGUGCGCGCGGGCCGCCCGGGUGUCUGUACACCGCAGCAGCAGCAGCAGGCCGCGGCCACACCGCAGCAGCAGCAGCAGCAGCAGCAGCAGCCGGGCGCCGCCAAGCCCCAGCAGCAACCGGGACUCCGCACGCCGCAGCAGCAGCCGGCUGUCCGAACACCGCAGCAGCAGCCAGGUGUCCGUACACCGCAGCAGCAGCCAGGUGUCUGUACACCGCAGCAGCAGCCAGGUGUCUGUACACCCCAGCGGCCACUCAGAGCCGCGGGAAACCCCACAGGCGUUUCCGCCCUCUGCGCUCUGCCGGGCACUGACGGCCUUUUGGUGGGCACUGAGGCCGGCACUUUGCAGCUCUGGGAGGCUGCGCAGCGAGACAAGGGCGGCGUGCUGCGGGCUGUGGAGGCAGCAGGCGUGGCUGUGGGGGGCUCCGUGGCAGCAGUGGCACUUUCUGCUGCUGGAGAUUUCGCAGUUGCUGCUGUCAGCAGCGAAAGCCGACUCGGCCGCUUUUUCAAAAGUGAUGGCGCAAAAAACGGAAUUCGGCUGCUGCGUCUGGAGGCCGCCUGA